UGGCCCGGGGUGGCGGGACGGGCUCGGCCUCGCCCCGCGCCGCCGCCUCCCUGCCCUCAGACAAGCGGGGCGGAGGCGCGGGGCAGCGGCCGGAGCCGGGCAGCCGGCGCUGUCUCUGGCCGGAGGGAAGGAAGGAAGGGGCAGCCGCGGAGGGGACGGAAGGCGAGUUCUGAACAAUCACAUAAAUAAGUGGUAGUAAACCUGGAGUAUACAAUACCCUGGAGCUGGUGCCCUGUAUUUAGCACUGAUGACUAUGCUUCUUGAUGGUUUGUUUCAUUUGAGGGAGUCACAGUAAAGAGCUCCUUGGAAAGAGAAGCUAAGAAUCAAAGGAAUGUUUUGUUUGUUCUCAAACACUGGAUAUGCUGGGUCAAUGAGCUGCUACUCCAGGGAACAGAGCUGAGAGGUCAAACUGAGAAGACAUUGUUGUGAUGGCAAGCAGGAAUGAAACCCUUUCCCAGAAGUCUCUCAUCUAGGGAAACAUGCGAGAAAGCAACCUUUGUGACUCUUUAAACCACUGACUGUAACCUGGUCCAGGUUUGUCAGUGCCUGCUGAGAAAGACUUCUAGAGCUUUAAAGCAGGCUACAAGACUGUCCUCAGCAGGAUCCAAGAUCUUCCCAGACACUUUCCCAGCCCUACACACAGAACAAGAUGAUUGACCUGAGCUUCCUAACGGAGGAGGAACAAGAGGCAAUAAUGAAGGUGCUGCAACGGGAUGCAGAGCUUAAAAGAACUGAAGAAGAGAGAGUCAGACAUUUACCAGAAAAAGUCAAAGACCGUGUUCAGCUAAAGAAUAUGAGUGGGCAGUGGUUUUAUGAGGCCAAGUCGAAGAGGCACAGGGAUAAGAUCCAUGGAGCAGAUAUUAUCAGAGCUUCCAUGCGCAGGAAGCCUGCCACCAUCGCUGAAGUGGCUCAGAACAAAACAAGCAAAGCAAAGAUCAGCUGGGUGAACAAUGUUAAUAAAGAAGUCUUCGUGCCACCUGAUCUGCACGGCAUUGUGGAACAUCAAGAGGAAGAACAGCAGAAAACUAGUUUGAGUUCUAAAGAAGUAACCCCUGUGUUAAACAGACCAGAGGAAAGACCUGUGAAGGCAGCAGUCUCAUCAGUAAGGCAAAGGAGAAAUCCAUUUAAUUCCAUUGCAUCAGAUGAUAACUUGAACAAUGGGGAAUCAGAAGACAGACCAGCCAUUGUACCUCAGCUAUCAAAGAAGGAAAUUUGGUCACUCUCAGAAGACAGCCCACCUAAAUCAAACUUACAAAAUGAUGGGACAGAUAAACCUGAGAAGCCUUCUGUAGAACUUACUGAUGAAUCACAGAAGGAGCUAGUUAAGCGUCCUGUCCCAAAAGCCAGGAAGCUGAUUCAGAAAGCAGCAGAUUCUGUGUCACAAAGAGAAGACCUUGUUCCCAAACCACCCAAGCAGACCGAGAGGAUUAAUGGCACUGGAACCCCACCCAGGGGCAUUCUGAAGCGCAGCUCAAGCUCAAGUUCCACUGACUCAGAAGUUCGGGGCAGUCAGAUGUUGGAUGUCCAGAAAAGGAAUGGUCUUGCUACUGCAACUAUUUUUGAAGGAGAAGGUGAGAAGAACUCUCUUACGGAAGAAGCAGAAGACUCCACCCAAAAUUCACUGGAAAAACUGAAACAAGUGAGGUUUUCAUCUGGCUCAGGUAAAGGAAAACCUCUGCAAAGCCCACAGCUACAUCAUGGUAAAGAAAAAGGGGAGCGUGAUAUCUUAAAACCUGACAAAAAGAAAAAUAAUGGAAAUUAUUCUGUUCAGUCGGAUUCACUUGGGGAUAAGCAAAUUUCUGCUGGAAAGCCUUUGGGAACCUAUUCAUCAAGUUUACAAAUGAAAACAAUAGAUGGCUUACAAGAAGACACAUCUGCAUCCAGCCCUUGUGACAGUAACAGAUCAGUCUUCCCAGUUAGUGAAAGCUUCCAGACAAAUACAGUUACUCCCAAGAAACUUGAAACUCCACAGAAGACCUCCAGCAAUAUCCUGUCAAACAGCAAUAACGAACAGAGUGUUGAUGAGACACAUGAAAAAAAAUCCAACCAGAUCUUGAGCCAUGAAUCAGAGUCACACAAAAACUUGACUGAUGGACAUCAACUUUCUGCUGAAACAGAAGGAUGUGAGGUGUCCAAUACCAAUUCCACAAGUCUUCAACAAGGUAAGCCUGAUCUUGUUGAGGAGAGAGAUGCUAAAGCCAUUUUCAAGCCUGGCAAACAUGCUGAUGAACUCAGGAAAGUGGACAAUGAAUCUGUGUCAAAAGUUUUAGACUGGUUUAAAAGAAGUUCUAGUACUGAAGAUGAGGAGCUUGUAUCAACGAAGUCCCAAGGCAGGGAGCCCAGAGAGGAAGUGGACAUGUCAAUCGGAACAGCAGUUCUUCCUACAGAGCACAGUGGGCCUGGCAUGCAUGGAAAAACAGAGGAUACAGAAGAGAGACUAUUUGGAAAGAUUAAACAACAGAGCAGUAUUUCAUCUACAUCCUUUACCUCAGAAAACAUACAGCUGAUAAAGGAGAGGGUGAAGCCUAAGACAGGGGAAACAAAUGACAAACAAAAUGAUAAAUUGCUGGCUGAAUUUGAUCGUACAAGAGUUCAAGAAAAAGAACAUGGUCAAGAAAUCAAACAACAAAAUAAAAAAUCAAUUUUCUUGGAACAUCAAGGGCACAAGCUACCAGCUCAGAAAUGUGAAUCAGAGAAGGCAAUACAAGAAAAAAGAAGAAUAAGGGAGAUCAGAGCAUUCUGGGAAAGGGAUAAAACCAUCCCCAGUCAUAGAGAAAAAGAAGCUAGCAUCAAUGCUGAUGUGUCAGGUGGCUGUGCAUUGACGGGUCUCGGAGAAAGUGACAAGCUGAAACGAUCUGCAGGGUAUCUACCUAAGGCAUUGCAUGAUCAGAGCAAGAAUAUAUUAAGUCCUGAACUGAGUCGUGCAAGCCAGGCUUCAAGAAACAUAGGUCACCACUCUUUCAAAUCUGGACCAGGCCAUGCAUUUGGAAAUCCAGAAGGGACACUUCAAUCUGAAGGAGUUCAUAAAUGUACAGAACUCCCAAAAGCCAGUAACUUGCAUCCCAGAGCUGGUGUCCCUUCAGCUUCCUCAAAAAGCAAAGACAAAGAUGAGAAGGAAACUCUUAAAGGAAGAGUUGCAGCUUCUUCCCAACAGAAGCCCAGCUUCCAGAUUUUAUCUUUAAAAGAAAAGAUGAAUGAAAACUCCAAGAAUCAAAUUUCAGAUCCUUCACGCUUCCAGAGUCUGAGAAACUUCUGGGAUACUGGAGUUAAAUUCCAGAGUAGCAUUGACAGGGAUGAUGAUUCUUUGCCCAAUAAUACUAGAUCAAUAACCUAUGAAAUAAAAUCAAAGGAAGAUAAAAAAGGCAGAGAUAAUAUGAGCAAGCAAGAGUUAAUUCAACAACAAACCCAAACAUCUGAGAGAGAAAAAACACAGAAUCUAGAUCCUGUGGUGUGCAGAAACUCUCUGGAAUCUCCUAUCCUAAAAGGUCUGAAUGUAACACACACACAAAACACAGACUCUCUCCAGCUGGACAGACAAACUGUUACCUCAAAAUCCCAGGAAAGGAUGGGUCUUCCAGAGCGAGAAGUUAGAGACUGUGCAGAAAAAAGCAUUGUUUCAUCAAAAGAUCAUCAUGGAUCCUUGCAGCUCCAGUCACCUGGUGACAAACUGAGGGAGACAGUAGUAGGUGAUAAACUAUACUUACCUGUAGAAAAAGGGGAAAACAAGACUACACCUUUGGAUAAAGAAGAAGUUGCAGAGACUGUGGAUAAAGUUGUUCUACCUAAAGGUGAGCUUGAUAUAUUUAAGUCAUGUCUAAAGAAGCUAGAAAAGGAAGCCUCUGAGAUGUCAUGUAGCUUAGACCUAAAAGGAAACAUUUUUAAAGGGCCACAUUUUCAGUCAAAUCAGUGCAAGGUCUUUGAGAGAACAGGGAAAGACUGUCAUGAUACUUCUCCUGUUGGUCAAGGAGAAGAAAUAGACAAAAGUACAGGACAAGUAAAUGUGUCAUCAACAGAUAAGCAUGAGAACAGAAAAGGUCUCAGAAAACUGUUUAGGGAAUUUGAACCUUUGUAUCUAGAAUAUCAGACAGCAGACAAGGAAGAUACUUGUGAGGGCUCUCAGAGCCCUCAAGCUGGUUUGGAGAACCUUCUCAAAGAAACCCUUGUAUCUCAACCUUCUGAAUACAGAAGGGUGGGAAUGAAAACGUAUGAUGACUCAAAUAGUAUAUCACAAACAAACUGCAGUGUAGAAUCAGCACACCAAGAAGCUACUGGUCAGCCUGAAGAGGUCUAUGAAACCAUAGAGAAGUCUGUAGCUGGAUCCAAGGUCCAUGGCUUGAGUUCUGCUCUAGAGAAGCUGCUGAAGGAGGCUUCUGAAGCACCACCUCCUAAACCCAAAGGUGCUGACAGCACAGCACGGGGCACUGCUGAGGAGCAAGGUAAAAGGACAAUGUAUGAACAUGGUGGAAAAGUGCCACAGGAAAUCAGUGAGACUGUGGAAAGGUCUGUUGCCCCGACCAAGGCCAGUAGCUUGAGUUCUGCUUUACAGAGGCUGCUGAAGGAGGCCUCUGAAGCACCACCACUUAAACCCAAGCGUGCUGACAGCACAGUGCAGAGAACUGCUGAAGUGCAAGAUAAAGGCAUGACUUAUGAGCAUGGUGAAGAGGUGCUGCAGGAAAUCAGUGAGACCGUAGAAAGAUCUGUUGCCCCAUCCAAGGUCAAUGGCUUGAGUUCUGCUUUAGAGAGGCUGCUGAAGGAGGCCUCUGAAGCACCACCUCCUAAACCCAGACGUGCUGACAGCACAGCACAGAGAACUGCUGAGGAGGUGCAAGUUAAAAGCACAAUUUACGAGUGUGAAGGGGAACUGCUGCAGGAAAUCCAUGAAAUAAUAGAAAAGUCUGUUGCCCCAUCUUCAGACAGUGGCUUGAGUUCUGCUUUAGAGAAGCUGCUGAAGGAGGCCUCUGAAAUAUCGCCUCCUAAACCAAAACGUGCUGGCAGCACAGUGCAGAGAACUCUGGAGGUGGAAGCAAAAAGCACAGCCUAUGAGCAGCAUGGUGGAGAGGUACCUCAGGAAAUCAGUGAGAAAAUAGAAAAGUCUGUUGCCCCAUCCAAGCCCAGUGGCUUGAGUUCUGCUUUAGAGAGGCUGCUGAAGAAGGCCUCUGAAAUACCCUCUCCUAAGCCCAAACAUGCUGACAGCACAGUACAGGGAACUGCUGAGGUGAGAGCUGUGAGCACAGCCUAUGAGCAUGAUGGAGAGCUGCUGCUGCAGGGAUUUGGUGAGACCACAGAAAGAUCUGCUCUGUCCAGCACUGAAUAUAGAGGGUCUGAUGUUAAUUUUCAGAAUCCACCAAAAGAGGUCUCUGAAACACCAGCUUCUGUGCUGGAAAAUAUGGAUAAGAAAAUGCUUGAUAAAAUACAUCUUAGUGUAGGUGUACAUGUUCCACAUCAACGAGACAGAGAUCACCCUCAAGAAAUACAAGAAACAAUAGAAAAAACUUCUGUUUCAAAUAUCAGAAAAUUUGGUGAAUUCAGUCGUUCUUUAGAAAAACUUCUGCAAGAAGCCUCUGCAGUUUCGUGCCCAGUAUCCAAAGAUUUAUAUCAGCAAGAAGAAUUUGAAGAUCCUACAUUUUCCACAGAAAAGGAGAGUCUAUUCAUUACAAGGUCACAGCCGUACAAUGCCCUAAGUAACUAUGAUACUCAAAUGAAGAUAGUUCUCAAAGAGGGAGUUCCAGAAAAAUAUGUCAAAGCCUCAGUUAAUGAUCUUGCAGUAAGUGAAAUUGAAGCUUUUGGUCUUAAAAGACUUGGAGCUAUUAAUAAAAUAGGAGAGAGAAACAUGGUUCUGGUUGAUUUUCAUCCCUUGGAAGGCAAGACCAGUAUGGUUGCAAUCAAACCAUUAGAGACAAAUGAAAAAGGGAUGAAUGAAAGCACAUUCUUGGAGGCUUCUGAACAGAAUUCAGAAUUUCAAGCACUGGUGAAUUUCAGAAGGACAACUGCACCACUUAAAGAUGAGAGCAACUCCCUCCAGCCAGAAGCAGCUCAGUUCUGCCUAAUGUCUCAGCAUGAGGACAACAAUGAAGAGGAAGGCAACAACUUACAUUUGGGAUCCAGGUUUUCAGAUGAAAACUCUGGUUCUCCCUCUGGUACCCGAAGUUCAACUCGUGAGCUAUCUGAUUUCUAAAAUUGAUGGUGCUGUGUUAAUCAUGGCUACAGUAAUUAUUUUGUACCCAGUUUGGAAUAUGUUAAUGGAAAGUGUUUGUGAUACUUUCUUAAUUGAAAUAUUUGGAUAUUUGCCUGGGAGAGGUGGGAAGAACUAAUUAAGUUGGUUGAUAAGAAAAUGUUUAACAGACACAUACUACAUCUGGGUAAGCCUUUUGUUGAUAAGGAUAGUUUAGCAGCAUGAAUCGAUUCAGUCUUUGUGAUUUUCACUUUUCUGAUCCCAUGUGACAUUUCCUUCAAAUUAAUAAAUUUGUAACACACAAUCUAGUAAUCUCUUCAAAUAUGCUGGAUUAAAAGAGCAAAAAAAAAUCAGUGGCUCACUGGGUUCAUUCUUUAGUUUUACUGUCUAGUCUCUGCAGAUAAAUACUUACCAGUGGAAUAUCUGGUUAUAAGGAUAAUAACAAUACUCUGUGCUAUUUAAUUUAGCAUUGCUGCCUCUUGCACUGAAAAAAGGCCAUAUAAAUGAAGAGGUCCAUUUACUAGGAUUCACCUUAUUUGGUUGAAUUACAGUUCUAGUCAAUGGUGUAAAAUAGUCAUCAAAGAACUUAAGGUAGAGGAGAUAAUUUAACCUUUUUAGUCUCAUACUGAGAAACUGGGAAUAUAUUCUUUUCCUGGAUUAUCUGAGAAAUAUAUCAAGUUCCCAGGGGCUGCCAACUUAUAUCUGAGCCUAUUUUGAAAGUGGAUUUCCAAAGAAAGUCAGUGAAAACCCACAAUAUGUGAGGAAAAAUCAGUGAUUUGGUCUCCCCCAUAAUAACAGGCAGCAACACUGUGAUUGGUUGGUGGAGGGGGAGGAAAGUGAGACAGGGAGGAAAGAAAGUCUUAAAGAUUUCUGAAGGAGCUAGGUCUGUCUUGAUUCUACUUUUGGAGAUAACUGCAUAACUUCAGGGUUCCAAGUACAUCCACAACUUGGUUUUUGUGUGUUUUUGGUUUGUUUGGUUGGUUUUUGUUUUGUUUGUUUUUGGGGUUUUUUUGGGGGUGUGUGUGGGGAAUUGGUGUUUGGGUUUUUUGUGUUUCUGGUCAGUCAGUUUUGUUUGGUUUUGGUUUUGUUGGGUGUUUUGGUUACUCAAGCAUUGAAACAAAUUUACUUUCACUGUGGGAACACUGUAACAGACAAAUUUGCAUAAAGGGUAAAAAUGAAAACUUUCUUUUGUGCUGAUUUGUGAAAAGAUGGUUACGAAAUGGCUACAAUCUGAGUUUGUCUGAGUUUAAUAUCAAUCUUAACCAACUGAGUGCAAUAAUUGCCCCAAACACUGUUAUUAGUCAGUAAAGAUAGAUCUAUACCUACACAGGGCAAAUCACUUGUUUGUCAAAUCACUUGUCAGACUUGUCUGUCUCCACUGAUGACUGAGGGUGUUUUGAGGGGACAAAUGGACACUUAAAAUUAGAUGUUUAUUUUAUUUUGGAUUUAUCUUGUAUUUUCAUUGAAUGUUCACUGUCUUUGCUAACUGUCAAAAUAGAUACUCAUGUGA